AUGUCUGGGCCUGUCCCUGGCACUGUGCCAGGCCUGAGCCACACCGCUCGCCUCCUUCCUUCCCAGUUCUCACCCACCUCCACACUGCGUGAAGGAAGUCCACCCUGGCAGUGGCUGCUGCUUGUGGCCUUGGACAGGGAUGAGCAGAGGGGCCAGGAGUUGCCUGUCCUGCCCCCUCCCUGCUGGGGCCUCCCUCCCCCUCCAUUGAGUCCCAGGGGCAGGGAAGCCAGGCCGGAACAGACAAGGUGUUUGAGGCAAAGCAGGUGGCCAUGGAGACGCCAGAGCCAGACCUGCCCUGGAGUCGCUGCUGCUUCCUCCCUCGAGAGCCUUCUGUCUCCCAGGCCCCGCCUCAGCCAUGCUCUGCGCAGAAGUGCCCCCACCCCUCCUGCACCCUCAGCACUGCUUCUGCUGCAGCUGCUGCUGCCUCCCACAUCUGUCUUCUUCCCCAACAUCUGGAGCCUGUUGGCCGCUGCCCCUGGCUCCAUCACCCACCAGGACCUCACUGAGGAUGCAGCACUCAACAUUGCAGCUCUUCCUGGGGCAGCCACCCCCUGCCGGCCCCUCCUGCGUCUUAAGGACUUCCUGGGCAGGACCCUCCUUGCCAAUGACCUCUUUGCUGCCUACUUUGGACCCGGGUCUCCUUCUCGGCGCUUCCGAGCAGCCUUAGGUGAGGUGUCUCCUGCCAGUGCAGCCCAGGACUUCCUGCCGACCUCUAGAGCAGCCCUGACCUGCACUGUGUGCCUGCGGGAGACCCUGGUGGCAGCCAGAGCCCUUGACCACAGUCUGGCCCGCCAGCGCCUUGGGGCUGCGCUUCAUGCCUUGCAGGAUUUCUACAGUCACAGCAGCUGGGUGGGACUGGGCAAGCAGCAGCCACACCCUCACCUCCUCUGGCCCAGGCCCGAGCUCCAAGAGCUUGGGCAGUUAAGCGACCCCACCUGCUCCGGUUGUGAGGGCUUGAGCUGCCCUGGGAACUGGCUGGGCUUCACUCAGCUCACCUCGGGCUACUUUGGAACUCAUUCUUCCAAACCCCCAGGGAAAUGUAGCCAUGGGGGCCAUUUUGACCGGAGCAGCUCCCAGCCGCUGGGGGGCAUCAACAAGGACAGCACAUCCCCAGGCUUCUCCCCCCACCACAUGCUGCACCUCCAGGCUGCAAAACUGGCCCUUCUGGCCUCCAUCCAGGCCUUCAACCUGCUGCGAAGCCGCCUGGGGGACUGGGCUUUCGGCAGGCUGCUGGACAUCACCCCAGCCUCCAGCCUGAGCUGUCUGGACACCACAGGCAGUAUGGGCGAGGAGAUCGACGCUGCUAACACCCAGGCUCGCAUCGUGGGGCAGCGGCGGGGCAGCCCCACGGAGCCUACCCACUAUGUCCUGGUGCCUUUCCGUGACCCAGGGUUCAAUCCUGUCUUUACAACCAGUGACCCUGACAGCUUCUGGCAACAACUCAGUGAGAUCCACGCCUUAGGGGGGGGCGGAGACGAGCCUGAGAUGUGCCCGUCGGCGCUGCAGCUGGCCCUGCUGCACACGCCUCCAUUCUCAGACAUCUUUGUAUUUACAGAUGCCUCCCCCAAGGAUGCCUUUCUCACCAACCAGGUGGAACCCCUGGCUCAGGAGCGGCGCUGCAGGGUAACAUUCCUGGUGACUGAAGACCCAUCGAGGGGUCAGGCACGAGCUCGGUGCAAAGUCUUGUCCCCUCUGCAUUUUGAACCAUAUGAAGCAGUGGCCCUAGCCUCAGGAGGAGAGGUGAUCUUCACCGAAGACCAGCAUAUUCAGGACGUGGCAGCCAUUGUUGGGGAGAGCAUGGCUGCCAUGGUGACUCUUCCACUGGACCCUCCUAUUGUGGUGUCUGGGAGGCCACUGGUGUUCAGUGUGGAUGGGCUGCCCCAGAAGGUCACAGUCCGGAUCCAUGGGGACAUCAGCAGCUUCUGGAUCAAGAACCCUUCAGGGAUCUCCCAGGGCCAGGAGGAAGGUGUGGGUCCUCUAGGUCACACUCACCACUUUGGACAGUUCUAGAUGGUGAACAUGAAACCCCCACAGACAGGAACCUGGGAGAUCCAGGUCACAGCUGAGGGCACCCCCUGGAUGCCAGUGCAAGCCCAGACCUCCCUGGACUUCCUCUUCCAUUUUGGGAUCCCCAUGGAGGAUGGACCCCACCCUGGCCUCUACCCCCUGACUCAGGCAGUUGCUGGUCUCCGGACCCAGCUGCUGGUAGAAGUGACAGGGUUGGGACCCAGAGGCAAUUCUGGGGAUCCUUGGCCGCAUUUCUCCUACGUCAUCCUUCCAGGGGUCCUGGAGGGCGCCGAACUAGGCCGGGUGCCUUUGGAGCCCAUGGGACCCCCGGAGCGAGGACUCCUCGCGGCCUCGCUGCCACCCACGCUGCUGUCCACCCCUGGGCCCUUCUCCCUGGAGCUGCUUGGGCAGGACAGAGCUGGGCGGAGUCUGCACAGGGUAGCCCCUCAGCCUUGCACUGUGGUCCCCGUCCUUCUGGAGCUCAGUGGCCCCCCAGGUUUCUUGACCCCGGGCGGCAAGGUCAUGCUCAGCCUCCGCAUCGCCAGCUUCUGGGGCCCUCAGGAUCUUGACCUUACGACGUCAGUGAGCCCCAGCUUCGCCCUCACCUCCAGUCUGUCCAGGUUUCGCCUGGGACAGAAUGAGUCCGCCUGGGGUCGCUUGUGGCUGGAGGUCCCGGACUCAGCCGCCCCGGACUCCGUGGUGUUGGUGACUGUGACUGCGGUGGGUCAAGAAGCCUGCCCAACCCCGACUCAUGCUUUCCUCCAGCUCCUGGUGCUGGCCCCAGCCCUGCAGGACCAGCUCGCUGGCCCUGCCCACUCACCUGGCCCUGUCCUCACCACGCCCCCCCCUCCCUUCGCUUUGGUGACUCAGGGCAGGGCUGGUAGGGGGAUGGCUGGCAACUCCUGGUGGAGCACAGUUGGAGGGGGGCUGCUCCCGCUAAGCCUGGCAUUCUGGUGACACAAUAGCCCCUAGGGGAAUGGAUCUUCAGCACUAUUUUCUUUUUUUUUUUUUUGAGACAAAGUCUCAAUCUGUU